CGGAAGCCUAUCACCUCCCGACUCCUUGUGCGGGGCCGGCAACCGCUGUACACACAGCGCGAGCCCGGCGGCCCCUCGGGCUCCGUCGGCGGCCCGGUGGGGCCAUGAACCUGGGAGAUGGGCUGAAGCUUGAAACUGAAGUGCUGGACGGGAAGCCGAGGCUGAUUUUAGCCGCUUCUGAUAAAGCAAAGCCUGCAAUGAAGAUAGGAAAUAAAGCCAAAGGGUCUAAACAGACUUUGAGAAUAAGGCAUACUGAGCAUAUGCUGAGGUCAACACGAAAUGCUUGCAUCAAUCAGGAAAACUUAGCAAAAUCAAGGAGUGGAUCGAGCUUAUCAGUGUCAAAAGGUGAAAGAGUGCAAGUAACUAAACCUUCCUCACGUGAAGCUACAACUAAAGAUCACUCUUUGAUUUUCCAAAGAGACACCGCAAAUAGGAAACCUGAUUCUGAGAAUCUUAAUGUUCGAGAAAGUAAACGCGAAGCUCAGAAUGCACAUAUAUCAGCUGAAGACCUAAGAAGUUUGGUGUGUUUAACACAAGAACAGCUUCAGCAGAUUUUGAUGAUUGUAAAAGGAGAAACUAGGCACAUCUCUGAGACUCCCAGUGAAAAGCAAGAGGAAAUAGGCACUAGUGAGGCAUCAGAGGAAACCGUUGUAGCAUUGCUCCAAAACACUUGUGAAAUUCCAUCUGUUCCAGAUGAGCCUAACUCUAAUUCAAGCAGGAAAGGAGAGUCAUAUCCACAACCAAGAGAGAAAGUUAUAAAGGAGUCCUGGAAACCCGCUGACAUGUUUAGUACCUUGGGUGAAAGAGAAGGAGAGAAAGCCUUAUUAGAAUCAAGAAAGAGCCAGUGGAAGAAGGAAUUAGAUGAACAGGUAGCACUGAAGAAGAAACUGAAAGAAACCUUGGAAGGAGAUGUGAUUUAUUUAGGGGCAAAAUCUGGCAAUGAUAAAAACCAUACAGAAAAAAUGGAAACAGCUGACCCAGAUAAGGAAGUUGUGCUACAGGAGCGACCUUUGAGUGCUUUGAAGCAUGAGCAACAGAAGAAGUGGCUUGAAGAGCUGGACAAACAGAAGGAAGAAGCUAAGCUACGAAAAAUAGAAGAAAAAAUGAAUUUAUCAAAGGCUGAAGAGCAUGACAGAUGGGCAAUGCAUUUUGAUUCUUUAAAGAACCACCUUAAUACUAACGCACAACACCCCUUAAAUGGAAUGUACAAAAAGCAGCCUGAAAGUCUUUGCCUGUCACCUGACCCUAAGGAGCUGACUGCUUUUGUUCACCCUUUCUCACCUGCAGCUUUAGGCAACUUCAUGCCCUCAAAAGUGGAAAAUGCAGAAAGAGGUGCUAAAAACAGUGCUUUGGAUCACAGUCAGAAAACCAGUUUCCUUCGUUCAAUGACAGCUCUCCUGGAUCCUGCACAGAUUGAAGAGAGAGACAGACGGCGGCAGAAGCAGUUAGAACAUCAGAAAGCAAUAAUGGCUCAGGUAGAAGAAAAGCGGAAGAAGAAACAACUGGAAGAAGAGAAGAGAAAAUUGGAGGAACAAGAGGAAGAACAGCGCCUAGCGCGAGAAAAAGAACUGAUGCAGAAACAGUUUGAAGAAGAUCUGCUUAAACAAAAACAGAAGGAGGAACUUGUGGUUCUGAAAACAAAUGAGCUCUAUCAGACAAUGCAGAAAGCUCAAGAAUUAGCCCAGAGAUUAAAACAGGAACAGCGCAUCCAGGAUUUGGCUCAGAGGGGACAUGACAUUUCAAAACUUCAGAAGAAUCUUGGUGGGGGUGGCAGUGAAUUUGAAAACUGUAAUACUGAUGCUUCACAUCGAAGUCCCAACUUCUCUGCUGACAUUAACACUGAUCAGCAGACUUCUCGGAAAGACACUGCUGUACAGACAGAUGACUGUACUACUUCAGCAUACAUUGAUGCAGCUGAGGAAAGAACUUCAUGUUGUGGGUCACCGGAUAUUUCCAUAGAAUAUAAAGAAACCUCUAAUAGCAAAAAAUAUCAGAAAGAAAUGCAGUAUACAGAUAAAAACAGAAUUUCAGGACAAGAGAAUGGUGACAUCCACAGUGAGCUGUAUGAACAAUAUGCAAGAAAAGAAAGACAAGUUAAACCUUCAGAAAAACCUGGCAAAAAACCUGACUGGAACAUAAACAAGCCUGAGAAAAGAUACAUUCCAGCAUCAGAAAGAUACCCCAAACCACUGCAAAAACAAAGGGAAGAAAAUAAAGUAAGACGACAAAUGGAGCUGCUUCAGUUGGUAGAAAGAAAUACGCCUGGGAAUCUCUACCAAAAAAAGGGUUGUUGCUCAGAUGGGUCUCCUUCACCUCAUGAAGAAAUGAAGAAUAAAGGACACAGAAUCAGAAAGGAAGAACAACUCCGUAAGAAUCAUUUGAAUGAAGAAAGAUUUGACUCACCACCUGUUCCAGCGGUUAAGAAUAGAUUACAAGUACAACAAAAACAGAUAUGCACCAGGAAAUUGGAAGUAUAUAACAACAGUAGAAGAGAGAAAAAUACCAAGGCAGAUGUGCAGCAGAAGAGCUUCCCUCCUGCGCUUCCAGAAGCUGGACGACCUCCUUCUUCACAGUUCAUUCCAUACGUUCGAACAAACGAAGUGUAUUAUCUCGAUCCAGAUGCACCAGUGACCAGACCUUCAACACACGACCCACAGUAUCGACUGUGUAACGAUUCUUACCAAGUGCCACGACAGAUUUUUAGCUCUGAUCACACUAGAGAUCCUCUUCUAAAUCCUGAUGUAGUUAAAAUAAGAGAGAGACAACAAGCGAUUCUAAAAGGACUGUCAGAACUACGGCAGGGCCUCCUGCAGAAGCAAAAGGAGUUGGAGUCAGGUCUAAUUCCUGCUACAGCUCAAGAAGAGAACUUUAUUUCACCAUUCUGAAAGAAUGGUCCUUGUGCUGCCUGAAGACACGUCCCUUUAGUAUAGACACCAAAAGACUGUGAAAAGUUGCUACCUGGAUUGUUGUGGUACUGUGCUAUUUUUUUUAAUAAAUAAAUAAGAUUCACGAUUCAUUGUGAACGGCUUUAAGAGAGGGCAGAUAUUUUUAAAUACAGGAAACAGGUUGUACUUUAUUAUCCAUUAUAUUAUCAUUAUAUUCAUUAUUUACCAUCGCAGAAAUGCUGUCUCCCACCCCAACUGAAAGAGGAUAGUGACACUUAAUAUGGUAACGGACUGAGUCCACGACAGCAGAAUUCAGUUUAAAGAAGUCAGCUUAAAAACAAAGGUCUGAACAGCUCAGCAUUCAAUGCUUCCUCCUUCCUGGAGUUAAACAUUAGAUUCAUUUCCUUUUGGGCUUCAAGAUACAGGACAAUUUGAGGUAGAAGUAUUUUUCUUCUAGAGGUUCUGCAGAAGGUGCCUAAUCUGAAUUCAUUUUAGUUGAGAUACAUGAUAAAAUACUACAAAACCCCCAAACUGAGUUUUUUCAGCAGCAACUGUUCUAAAAAAUAGAAUAUGAAAGUAUCUUACCAGCAGCAGCUAAGGGAAUGAAAGCAGACUCUGUCCUCUCCACUUGCAUGCCAAGGCUCGUACAAGGUGAGCCCACAGCUGACGACAGACUUGGAAGAAUGGUUUUUCACAAAGUCCAUUCAAGUUUGUUGAUAGAGACAAGAGUACUUACAUGUAAGUGGUAAGGGGCAGAGGUAUAUACCAGUCUUGUCAUGGUUUGCCCUUAAUUUAAGGAAGUGAGUCAAACAAGCAUUCAAGACUGAAUGGUGUUUUCUCUGCUCUUACAAAGCCUAUAAUUUUUAACCAAUUCUAUAUAGGCCAACUAACUUUGAGUUUACAGUUAUGUAGUUUCAAACACUAUUACCCAUUUCUAAACCACCCAUCAUUCAAACACUAAGAUCAAAUUACAAAACAGCAAAGAAAUACAUUAGACAAUUUGAAAACAAGUAAACAUAGAAGUCAGCACAUUAGCAUAUGUAAAAACACGAAUUGUACUAAGGGUAGCAGUGAGACAACCCCAGCUGUGUACCUUCAAGUUACUGUUACCCAGCAGCCUUAGUGAGAUGAUGCAUGAGCUGAGUCAAAUAAAGACUUGCCUGAGGAAAGUAAGGUUAACUCAGCACAUGUGAAAUUUGAAAGGUCAAGCUAAAAAAAAAGAUAGAACUCUACAUGCAGAACAAUACCAAAUCUAAGAAGCAGGAAAGCACCAGGAAUCACUGUGCAGGAGGAAGUAGGGCAGGAGGCAGGUUGAAUUACUGAGGUCACUGAAACAUCCCUGCUGCAGUUAUAAGGGGAAGAUACAAGUUUUAAGAUCAUUCUG